GUUCUUUGGCUUCAACACUACUAAGCUCUCUUUUGUUACAACUUUUCAGUAGUAAGAAAGUGCUUUCUAGCUUUUCUUAAUCAAGUAGUUCUUCAGAGGGAAACUUUUUUCUUUUGGGUUGUUAGGGUAAAAUAUGGGAUCGGGCUCUUCGCCGUGUGCUUCUUGCAGGUUGAGGCGCCGGUGUGCCAAGGACUGCAUCUUUGCCCCAUACUUCCCUUCUGAUGACCCUUAUAAGUUUGCCAUUGUUCAUAAGGUCUUUGGUGCUAGCAAUGUCAGCAAAAUGUUGCAGGAGCUUCCCAUUCAUCAAAGAGGAGAUGCUGUGAGCAGUUUGGUUUAUGAAGCAAAUGCAAGAGUGAGAGACCCGGUUUACGGGUGUGUUGGGGCAAUUUCUUUCCUGCAGAAUCAAGUUUCUGAGCUGCAAAUGCAGCUUGCAGUGGCUCAGGCAGAGACACUUUGCUUCCAGAUGCAACAGGAUCCUGUAGCCUUACCAACCCAGAUUGAUCAACACCAUCAUCAACAUCAAGAUCAUGACCAGAAGUCCCUUCUUUUAUCCAACAGUGACUUCAAUAGCAUUCCACAUCAAUACUUCAGCAGCUUCGCUUCUCCUAGCAAUGUUAUCCAAGACCCUCUUAAAAGAGAGUCUCUUUGGACUUGAUCAUUUGCAUAACAUCAUUAAUCAAAGUGCUGUCAAUUCAUCUUUCCAAUACAAUUUCCUUUAUCUUUGUAUGAUCAUUUAAUCAGUACUACUCUAUUUGUGUGUGAUCCGCAUGUGCACGCAGGCAUGUGUUUCAUUUCGUGCACGUAUAUGUGUGUGUGUGAGAGAGAAGUGAUAUAUGGAAUUCUGGGUCAACCCAUGCAUGUGGGAGAUGGAGUAAAGUAGGGUUUACAAGGUUUCUUUUUCUUGCUAUAGACGUCAUUGUAAAGCUAGCAGCGGUCUUUGACCAAUAUUUCCUUUUUCUUUCAGUUUUUCACCGUAAUAUUCGUGGAAUCGCUAAAUUACUAAUCAGAGAAGUGAUGGAUUGUUAUAAUA